GUUUAUUACCGCCAAGCCGCACGCAAGUAAACAUCAUUGUGUCAAAAGUUCUCAAAGAAUUUCCCAACUUUAGAUCAUUUGCGAUUUUUUCUUAAAAUAUCAGUGAAAAUACGCUACUUUUAAUCCCUUUCGAUCCUAGCGAGUGCAGUUUCAAUUGACCGCGUACCAAUAAAACUGGAAAAAUGGUCGUCCGCGAGUACAACGAGGAGCUGAAGUACAUCGAGAAGAUUUCUCCGAACAGCUACCUCAUCAAAAAGGGAUUCCAGCCGAACAUGAAUGUGGAAGGAAUCUUCUACGCCAACAGCAAGCUGGAACGGUUGAUGUUCGACGAGCUGCGGAACUCUUGCCGGCCGGGGAUGACCGGCGGAUUUCUACCGGGAGUCAAGCAGAUUGCCAAUGUGGCCGCCCUGCCCGGAAUUGUGGGCCGGUCGGUCGGGCUACCGGACAUCCAUUCGGGUUAUGGGUUUGCCAUCGGAAACAUGGCAGCGUUCGACAUGAGCAAUCCGGUGUCGAUCGUUUCUCCGGGAGGAGUCGGAUUCGAUAUCAACUGCGGCGUCCGACUGUUGCGUACGAAUCUUUUCGAAAAGGACGUUAAACCGGUCCAGGAACAGUUGGCCCAGAGCUUGUUCGAUCACAUUCCCGUUGGCGUGGGAUCGAAGGGAAUCAUUCCGAUGAAUGCUCACGAUCUGGAGGAAGCGCUGGAGAUGGGCAUGGAUUGGUCUUUGCGAGAGGGUUACGUUUGGGCCGAAGAUAAGGAACACUGCGAAGAGUACGGAAGGAUGCUGAACGCUGAUCCGAGCAAAGUCAGUAUGCGGGCCAAGAAGCGAGGUUUACCACAGUUGGGAACGUUGGGCGCAGGAAAUCACUAUGCCGAGAUCCAGGUCGUGGAGGAGAUCUACGACAAGUUUGCCGCCAGUAAGAUGGGAAUUGAAGAGCUGGGCCAAAUUUGUGUGAUGAUUCACUCGGGAAGUCGUGGAUUUGGUCAUCAGGUCGCAACGGACGCUUUGGUGGAGAUGGAGAAGGCCAUGAAGAGAGACAAGAUUGAGACCAACGAUCGACAGUUGGCAUGUGCCCGAAUCAACUCUGUUGAAGGGCAAAACUACCUCAAAGCUAUGGCUGCGGCGGCAAACUUCGCAUGGGUAAACCGUAGUUCCAUGACAUUCCUGACCCGUCAGGCGUUUGCCAAGCAGUUCAACACCACUCCUGACGAUUUGGAUAUGCAUGUGAUUUACGACGUGUCGCACAACGUGGCCAAGAUGGAGGAACACAUGGUAGAUGGACGUCCCAAACAACUGCUGGUUCAUCGCAAGGGAUCAACUCGAGCUCUACCGCCUCAUCACCCGUUGAUUCCAGUCGAUUAUCAACUGACCGGUCAGCCCGUUCUGAUUGGAGGUUCAAUGGGUACGUGCAGCUUUGUCCUGACCGGUACCGAGAAAGGAAUGGCCGCAACUUUCGGAUCCACCUGUCACGGAGCAGGGCGCAGUUUAUCUCGGGCCAAGUCGCGUCGUAAUUUGGACUACAAGGAUGUGCUGAGGGAUUUGGAAGCGAAGGGAAUCGCCAUUCGCGUUGCAUCGCCGAAGCUCGUACAGGAAGAAGCACCGGAUUCGUACAAGGAUGUAAGGGAUGUGGUGCAGACUUGUCAUGAUGUGGGCAUCAGUGCCAAAGCCAUCAAAUUGAGACCGAUUGCCGUAAUCAAGGGAUAAAGAUAAGGAAAGUUCUCGAUUUUGUGUACGGUUGGAAUGCAUUUUCAAUAUGAGUGAAUAUUUAAGGUAAUGUAACCAAAUAAUGACAUUCUUAUAAUAUAUGGAACAAAAAAUA